GCAGCGCUGGGAAAGUGCUGCUGGGCUCUGGUCCAGCCAGGUGGCCCCGUCUGUCACUUGCAAGGCCGAGCACCCGAGAGGCUGCAUUGGUUACCGGAACCACCUCUCUGCUCUCUGAGUUUGCUCGUAUUUGUUCCCAGCCACUGCUCAUGUAAUGCACUCCCUGAACCAGGAAAUCAAAGCGUUCUCCCGGAGUAACCUCAGGAAGCAAUGCACCAGGGUGACCACGCUGACUGGAAAACGCAUCAUAGAGACGUGGAAAGAGGCCCGCAUUCAUGUGGUGGAGGAAGUAGAGCCGAGCGGCGGGGCUGGCUGUGGUUACGUGCAGGACCUUAGCUCGGACCUGCAGGUUGGCGUGGUGAAGCCCUGGUUGCUCCUGGGGUCACAAGAUGCUGCCCAUGAUUUGGAUGUACUGAAAAAGCACAAGGUGACUCAUAUUCUCAAUGUUGCAUAUGGAGUUGAAAAUGCUUUCCCCAACGAGUUCACGUAUAAGAGUAUCUCUAUACUGGAUCUGCCUGAAACCAGUAUCCUGUCUUAUUUUCCAGAAUGUUUUGAAUUUAUUGAACAAGCAAAAAUGAAGGAUGGUGUGGUUCUUGUUCAUUGUAAUGCAGGAGUUUCCAGGGCUGCUGCAAUUGUGAUAGGCUUCCUCAUGAAUUCUGAAGAAAUCUCAUUUAACAGUGCUUUUACUGUGGUGAAAAAUGCAAGGCCUUCGAUUUGCCCAAAUUCUGGCUUCAUGGAACAGCUUCGUACAUAUCAAGAGGUCAAAGAAAGCAAUAAGUGUGACAUACGACCAGAGUUGGAAAAGCACACCAACUCCCAAGUUGCAGAUCAUGGACAGAUGUAAUUUGAAUGGGUCUCUGUCUUUCUUGUUUUGGAAAGUAGACUAGUAAAACUUCCUUUUGUUUUUACCAGUGAAAAUGAAGGUCAAUUUGAUUGUUCUGCACUAGUAUGUAAAAUAAAUCUUUACAGCAUAUGACCUCUUCGUUGUUGUUAUAAUAUUGAUUGUUGUUAUAAUAUUUGAGUUGUUCAGGAAAAAUAACAGUGAGUUGCUAAUUUUUGAUUUCUGUAGAGAAAAAAGAUUCACAUUUAAAAUCUAUGGAAAGACUAAAUUAGUUAACUAUCUUUUAAGUAUUUUUCUUUCAAUACUUUUCUCUUCCAGCCCAUUUUCACACAGAAAAAAACUUUUAAGUGCUACUUGAUGUACUGUUUCACAAAGAGGUAAAUAUCUUUGUAAGGAAUAUAUUUAAAACUCCCAAACAAGCACCAGAUAUUCACAAAAUUUUUAAUCAUCUUAUGAAAACAUGCCUAUUUAUAUUUAAAAUUUUAAUUCUAUUGCCUGUGUUUCUGUUUUUAUUUUUAAAAUAUUUGUAUACAUGUUCUUUCUUAUAUUAUGAUAAGCUUAUUGUCUUUAAAAGGUGAUAUUUUUCUUCUCUUACAUGUUGUAGAUUUUAUCUUGGAUGCCUGGCAUUCUGUCAUAAUUUUUUGGUCUCUUUGGAUCUGUGGGAAAAUGUUUUAUACUGAAAGCUCAUUUUUUAGUUGUAGUUUGUUCAGUGAUCUGAUUUAUAGUUCAGUAUCUCACUAGACAACAAUUUUAAGGAAAGAAAAUUUACGGUUUUGAAAUAAAUUUUGAAUACAUUGUUGGAAUAAUUUCUUUUUCUUUAAUGUUUCCAUAUUAGCAUGAUUGAACUCUGUACACUGUAAAUUUACUUCAAUACUUUAAAUUUUUUUCUUCAGUAUAAAUUACCCUAUGUUUUAGUAAUUAAGACAAUUUAGUUUUCAAAAAAAUCUUUGAUGACUUACAAGAUAUGAUUACCACGUAGAUGUUAGUUUUUAAAAGUCUCGACUCUUCUUAAAUACUGAGUACUCAGGUUGGAAAGUAUGCAUAUCUGUGCCUUUGGGAAAACAGCCUUUCUUAGACUGUCAUGUGCAAAAGCUAGAAGUGAUAAAUACGCAUCAUGUCUGCAGAUUGCUUAUGACCCUGACAUGAUGCCAUUGCCUGUAAUGCUGUUAACUUUUCAGUUCCACGAAGCAGCAUCCCAGAAGUAAUUAACCUACAGCAAGCUCUUAGAAGCCAACCAAGUCAGGCAGAGCCGCUUAAAAAGAGACUGAUUCAUGAUGUCUCCAUCAGUAUUCCUGAGGGUCGCUGGAUGAGCCGUCUCCAUGAAAGCAUUUAUUUGAGUAUAUUUUCUUUUGCUGAAUGUUAUUUAAUUUUCAACCAAAUGUUGUCACAUGAAGCUUUGAUAUAAUUUGUUCACCAUCUGUAGUGUAUGCUUAGUUGUUGCAUGUAGUGAUCUGGUUGCUGUUUGAAGAUGCUUAUUAAGUACCAUUUACAAAAGUGCUUUGAGCAUUAACUUUGUGAAUCUUAAAUGAUAGCUUGCUGCAUCUAAAACACAACAGGGGUACAGAGCAAUCUUUUAAAUCUGGGGUGUGUUGUGAGAGAAUGGUGUGUACUUUGUUGUGCUUCCCAUGGAGAGAUGAGUGAGUCGCUCUGUUCUACCUCAUUAUUUUUAAGAAGAAACUUCAUCAUUUUGAUCUCUAGCUUACUUAUUGUAAAGUUAACAAAAUCAUGUGUACCAAAUAAUGGGUCUAUUUUGAGGAGGGUGGAAAAAGAAUUUCACAGAAUUUUUUACUCUUUUUUUAAAAAUAGAUGUUCCUACCUUUUUAAAAGGAAAAGUAAAAAUCAAAGUAUUACUGCUUUUUAAACACUGAAAAGAAAUGAAGAGCCUUUCUCCUAGGAACUUGCAAAAGAAAGUAGAGCAAAGACAUUGGAACAUAUAAAAUUCUAUUUAUUUGAGUUAAAACCUUAAAAUGUUUUGCUAGUUAGUAGUUAAUGGCAAUUGAACACCCAGGAAAUACUUAGACUUUUUUUGAAAAGUCAAAAAACUAUUUUUUAAAGAUUGUUUUUGGAGAAAAUUUACACCAAUACUAUCUCAAAGACAAAGAUUUCAAGGAAGUGGAGAAUACUCUUUAACAUUUAUUGCAGUUUAACUUUUUUUUUCCCUUAUUCUGUUUCCUUGAUUGAAAUAUAUGAAUACAGCACGUGUGUGUGUGUGUACACUUUUAAGGAACUUACUUUGAUUCUGAUUGAUAUUUGUAGAGGUGAUGGAAAACCUGAAUUUGUCAGUUAUUAGCAACUUUUCAGCUGUCAGUAGAAGUCAUCCCUGAAAAGUCUUUUUUUUUUUUUUUUUUUGGAGAUAUUCUUAAAUGUCCCAAAUACAAAUCCAAAUAUUAUAGCAUUAACCAAUUAUGAAACUUAUAAGGGAAACAACAAUGCACUUAAAAAUAACAAAUCUAAUGUGAGACGCAUUUCAAGGUGACUCAAGUCGGUUUUCCUGUUUGAGGGAUUCUGAACAUAAUUAAUCACCUCAUAGUUAUUUAACAUUAUAAACCAGAAGAUUUUGUAGAUUUGUAAUUUUGUGAUAUGUAUAUUUACAUUUACAGUCACCAGAUUUCUGGCUUAUUUACAUUGGUGUACUUUUAAAAAAUUAGUUACAGUUAUAAUUAAACUUUUCUAUUUCAUGUAAAACUUAUUUUUACUUAUUUUGCAUACAUACUUACAUUCUUUAUUCUGGGUGCUAAAAUACUUUAAUAAAAUAAUAAUGUAACAAUU